CAGCCGCCACAUUUGAAAUCAAGCAACCAAAGUAAAAACACUGAAAGCAAGUGAAAAAAAGGAAAGCAUUCAUAAGUGACAGUUGAAAACGGAAUAUUUAUUGAGUGAAAUAAAAAACACCAAUCUAAAAUUAAAUAAAGUAAUAAACGAAACGAAUUAUUCAUCCAAGUUUUAACCAAAAAGCAAGAGAAACAAAUCUAAGAUGCCAGCUAUUGGAAUCGAUCUGGGCACCACGUACUCCUGCGUGGGUGUCUUCCAACAUGGAAAAGUGGAGAUCAUAGCCAACGACCAAGGAAACCGUACCACGCCCUCGUAUGUGGCCUUCACCGACUCUGAGCGCUUGAUUGGAGAUGCAGCCAAGAACCAGGUGGCUAUGAAUCCCAAGAACUCGGUUUUCGACGCCAAGCGUCUUAUCGGACGUCGCUUCGACGACCCAAAGAUCCAGGAAGACAUGAAGCACUGGCCUUUCCGUGUAGUCAACGAUAACGGAAAGCCCAAGAUGAGCGUUGAGUUCAAGGGUGAUGAGAAGCGCUUUGCGCCAGAGGAGAUCAGCUCAAUGGUGCUUACCAAGAUGAAGGAAACAGCAGAAGCUUAUUUGGGCUCUCCGGUCAAAGACGCCGUCAUCACAGUGCCCGCAUACUUCAAUGACUCCCAGCGCCAGGCUACGAAGGAUGCAGGCGCCAUUGCAGGUCUUAACGUGCUUCGCAUCAUAAACGAACCUACGGCGGCAGCACUGGCCUAUGGACUGGACAAGAACCUCAAAGGCGAGCGCAAUGUUCUCAUUUUUGACUUGGGCGGUGGGACCUUUGACGUCUCUAUUCUGACCAUCGACGAAGGUUCACUGUUCGAAGUGCGUUCCACCGCUGGAGACACACAUCUGGGAGGCGAGGACUUUGAUAACAGGCUGGUAAACCACUUGGCCGAGGAGUUCAAACGCAAGUACAAGAAGGACCUCCGCUCUAACCCGCGUGCUCUUCGUCGCCUUCGGACGGCUGCUGAGCGGGCUAAGCGCACUCUCUCAUCCAGCACAGAGGCAUCUCUGGAGAUUGAUGCCCUGUUCGAAGGCCACGACUUUUACUCUAAGGUGAGCCGCGCCAGAUUCGAGGAGCUGUGCGGUGAUCUCUUCCGCAACACGCUGCAGCCGGUUGAGAAGGCACUCAAUGACGCUAAGAUGGACAAGAGCCAGAUUCACGACAUAGUCCUGGUCGGAGGCUCAACACGUAUUCCGAAGGUUCAAAACCUGCUACAGAGUUUCUUCGGUGGAAAGGCCCUUAAUUUAUCCAUCAAUCCGGAUGAGGCUGUCGCCUAUGGAGCUGCCAUCCAAGCAGCCAUUCUGUCGGGCGACGAGAGUAGCCAGAUUAAGGACGUACUGCUCGUAGAUGUGGCCCCACUCUCGUUGGGCAUUGAAACUGCCGGAGGGGUGAUGACUAAACUGAUUGAGCGCAACAGCCGGAUCCCAUGUAAACAGUCUAAGACAUUCACUACUUACGCUGACAACCAGCCGGCGGUGACCAUUCAGGUGUUUGAGGGCGAACGCGCUCUAACUAAGGACAACAACGUUCUGGGCAACUUUAAUCUGACUGGUAUUCCACCUGCCCCCAGAGGAGUGCCCAAGAUCGACGUCACCUUCGACUUGGACGCUAAUGGUAUCCUGAACGUAACAGCCAAGGAGCAGGGAACUGGAAACGCUAAGAACAUCACCAUCAAAAACGACAAGGGUCGGCUCUCUCAGGCUGACAUUGACCGCAUGCUCAGCGAGGCUGAGAAGUAUGCCGAGGAAGACGAGCGUCAUCGCCAGCGGAUUGCUGCUCGCAACCAACUGGAAAGCUAUGUGUUCGGCGUGAAGGAAGCGGCCGAACAUGGUGGCGACCGCAUAAGUGCUUCGGACAAGAGCAGCGUUCUGGAGCGCUGCAGCGAGACGGUCAAGUGGUUGGAUAGUAACACAACCGCUGAGAAGGAAGAGUACGAGCACAAAUUGAAGGAGUUAACUCAGUUUUGCAGCCCCAUCAUGACCAAGAUGCACCAGCAGGCAAGUGGAGAUGGGCAGCAACAGGCUCCAAAUUGUGGACAACAGGCUGGCGGCUACAAGGGUCCCACCGUUGAGGAGGUGGACUAAGUCAAAUAGUAUCCUACGUAGAAACACCACUAAUGUAGAUCUCAUAACCAAAUAUCCUCCUGGCCAAUUACUAAGAAUAUUUUAGUUAGAAUAUGCUACUGAGUAGUAAUUAAUAAAUAUUAUUUAUGACUUGCCAAAACAA